UUUUGGCAAAUUCUACUCUGUAUGUUUUUUGCACUGGUUGUGUAGCAUAAAAUACUAAUUAUAUUUAUCUAGACAUGUUGUUCUGUCAGAUAUAUCCCUCCCAUCCGAAGUAGUGGUGGCGAACGAACAAUAGACCAGCUGCGAACAGUAGUAGAGAUUGAAGAAGAGAUGAUGAAGCAAGAGUCUCUCUUAGGAAACCUUCAUGCUCAAGUGGCAAGAGGAAAUGUCUCAAGAAGGAAAGAGGAGAGACUCUGGGAAGCUCAGAGAAUAGUUACUCUUUUGAAGAGAAAAUUGAGAUCAGCACAAAGGAGAGAAGAAGAAGAAAAGCAAAGAAGAAGAAAUGGAAGUAGCAGAAAGGACGAAUUGUCAGUUGAGUUUGAAAAGGAAUCUACCUCGGAGGAUUCCCAAAAAGACACAGAUAUGGAAAGAGAAGAUGUAUCCUCUAAAGAAGCUGCUUCAGAUGACUCAAAGCAUGGUAGUGAGAGUGAAAAUAGUAGUGGACGCUCUAGAAAAAUAUCAAAUUCAGAAAAUAAUGUGACGGUGGUGAAUGUGAGUGCUGAUUCUCUUAGUAGUAAUGAGAGGGAGAAACAGAGUAAUGAUGACAUUGGCAAAGAUGGAUCUCUUGUAACAAAUUCAAGUGUAGUUCCUCCUCCACAACCUCCCACAGCAAUUCCAGCCCUCCCUAAACCAGUGUCAGCACGAACUGAAAGAAGCAAAAUAGCUCAAGCCUUACAAAGUGACACCAAAGAACAGACUAGCGAAAAACCUGCCCCAGUUGUUACAGAAGACACUAGUAGUGUGGAAGUUGUAGAGGAGGUGGUAGAAAAAAUAACUCAGGCAGAAAAAGUAGUUCAUGACUCAACAAAGAAUCUCAGAGUGGAAGAACAACAUGGACACGUUACUGUGAUCCAGGUUGGUGUAGAUAUUAGUGGAUCAGGAGAGGGACAAUGUCACUCAGGUAAUUCUCGACUUGAUCAGUCUCAGGUACUGGUUAAUCAGAGACCAGAAAUGAAAAGAUUAACUGUGGACAAAACUCCCCUGAGAGAAACACGGAGCCUGGAUGAUUCAAAACCCAAAGGUGACAGUGAAUAUUUGGCACUGUUAACCCAACAAGCCAUAGCUCAGGCUCACCACGAGGAGCUCUUGUCUAUGAAUCACGACCUGAUGCGCAAACUGCAGGCAGAGCGGGCUGAGAUCACCAGGCUGAGGGAGGAAAUACAAGAAAUGCAGACACUGUAUGGUUAUAGGACGUACUCAUAUGACAGCAGUGAGACCGAGGGUAGUGAAAGUGACGGGGAAAGCGAUACAGAAGAGGAGAUGUUGACUCAACUCUCCUCAGUUACAAAAGCGAAUGCUUCGCUUCAGGAGGAAAAUAUGGCUCUUACACGUCGCAUACAAGAGGAGCGUGAUGCUGUGGUGCAUCUUCGAGUCCAGCUCCAGCAGGCUCAUUGGAAAUGCUUCCCGCAUCAAUCGCCAAUUGCACCUAUCUGCUAGUUUGUGUUACUAGUACCCUUUUUUAUUCAAAUUUCAUAAUUUUCCAUUCCCUCAUCUUGGGAGUAUGUCAUGGCUGUUAUUAGGGUAGGGCCUCCAUGAACUGAAUAUACUGACAUACUGAAGUAUAAGUAUUGUAUUAUACAUGAUAUAAAGAUCAUGCCUCAAUUAUAUCUUUUGUAAUGAAAGAUUUUUUUAAUUGGGGCCCCAAAUCCCUAAAGGUCUCAGAACUAACUUAGCCAGUAAGUAUGUUUUGAGGUUAUGUAUAUUUUCAUAACAUGAUGUAAAUUUUUCAUGUCAUUAUCAAAUGAUCAUUUUCAUUAACAAUAGAAAUAGUAUGAAUGCAAUUGAAAAUCAAAUCUUGUUUCAGCCUGUAUCAAAAUGUCUUAGUUUUGUACAUUUUUAAAUAUGAGAUGAGUGGAAUUUUUGUUGUCAGAAAUGUCCAUAGCACUUAAAUGGAUUAAACAAAGCUAUGUAGUUUUUAGUUUUGGCACAUGAUUUUUCACCUUCAUCAGCAGCCUCCAACAAGAUAUUAAUUUUAGUGAGGGUAUGGCAACAUUGUGGCCACCCUAAUCAAUACCAGUCCAUUAUUAUUUAAAAAAAAUCAUAAAGGUUUCUUUUACAGCUAUUUUCUUAUAUGAUGUUUCUAAAUGUAGAAUGAAGUGGUAUCAUGUAAGUCUAAACUUGAGUUGUGUACUUACAUAUCAUAGUAGGCAGCAGGCUAAGAUAGGUAAUGAAUACUCCUCUUUGAGCAGCACUAUACUAGUUGAUUUUCCAUAAGAAAGCAAGCAAUGAAAUGUCCAAGAAACAGAAAAAUGCUGCCUGUUUUACUCCAAUAUUAGCAGUAAUUGUUUAGAAACUGGAGACAGUAAGUAAUGUAUAGUACAUAGGAAGUGCCAAAUGACAAUUUUAAUGUUAUUCCUAUGUCAAGGUAGAUAUUUUUAGGAGUUCCAUGAUUUCAUAGUUUUGGUAUCUCGUCUUACUCGAAUUACCAAAGCAAGUUGAGGAAUGAGUGCUGCAAAGUGAAUUUUCGGAACUUUUUAUACUGUUUUUCUACAUAGCAAGGAUAAGGUUUCCUAACUACCAUAAUUUGUUGCAAGGCUGGAAUUUCUUCACUUGGAGUAUUUAAUUAUACUAUUAUGGAUGAGCUUUUACUUGUUAGAAGAUACAUUUUUUUUCAGAAUAUAUGGUGGUUUUAAAGAAGUGAUAUAUCAUUCUCUCUGGUUAUUGUAUUGUAUGAUAAUUGGCAAGAGAAUUACCCCAAAACAGCCAUCAAGAGUGCCUACUAUAAAUUACUGUUUAUCUACCUGGGGUACUUAUUUUCAAACAUUAUCAAAUUGUUGUCAGCAAAUGUAUUAAGCUUACCAGUUGUUACUGCUCUUGCACAACCCACAGUCUAAUAGAAUAUGUCCCCUUCAUAGUGUAUAUAAUGAAAGAUGAUAAAUUAUGGUAAUGCCAGUUUAACCUGGAGAAUGAGGAGGUUUUCUACACUUUGAUUCAUAAAGUGUGUGUGUGUUGUCUUGGUAUUACAUGUACUGUGUUACUUUUUGUCACAGACCUCAACAUGAGUGGUUGUCUGCACGCUGCUAGGUGCAGCAUGAAGAUUUAUAUUUACUUGAUCUGCCAGGUGGAACUUCUAACAUGAUAUAGGGAAUCUCUAGGUGAAAAAGUGUGUAAAAGCAAAAAAUCUCAGUCAAGAGUAGGUAUUGCUAAACUUUAUUCAUUAUGGGAAGGUUGCUUUAAAACUCAGGUAAAUUGUUCAUGUCCAGAGCAGGACAGGUAUCACAUAAUAUGCAAGAUUUCUUUUCUUUGAUACACUUGUCACUUUUUUUCCACAAUAUUAUUUUUAGAUUGCAAUAAAAUCUAGAAAAAAAUUACUUGUACCUAGAACUAGAAAAAUUCAUUGCUGAUUAAAUUGUAAAUUAUAUUUUCUUACUUAAAUGGUAUAAUUCAACAUUACUGUUUGUUUAUUGCUAUUUCUCUUAAUAAAAUUGAAGCAACUGAAAAUGAAUGUUUAGCAAAUGCAAUCAAAUCCCACUUGCCAGACAGACAACUCAUUUCUGAAGCUAAUGUUGAAACCUAUAAUGUUUAUAAACUAUCUUAUAACUUCUGAAAAUAUUUAAGCCAUAACUACAUUUACAGUAAAAGGGUGAUACCUGUAUCUAAGAUUGUGAUAAAAUAUUUCCUUCUUAACAGUAAUUGUUUAAUAAUUUUCUAUAUAUAUUUGUUUCAUUAAAUAGGUUUUUUGUAUAGCUGCAUCUUUCAUGAUUAUCAUAUACAAUAUUUGCUUUACCUUUCUUUAUAAUUUUAAGUUAAUUAUUGCAUGACUAAUUGGAGUAACUUUUGUAUUGUAAGUCAUCUCUAAAUUGGAGUCAUUAUCUAAUGUUUUACCACAAAGCUUUAAUACUGUACUGUAUAUAUAAUCAAGCAUUUGAGAGGUGAAAACCCUUAACAUACAUACCAGUAACUCUAAUUUAUUUUUUCUGUCCAUUGAUUAUAAAUGAUUUGAGCAUCUUGAUGAACUAAAUGGAAAAGCAAGGUUAUCAGUGAAACAUUAAUGGCAAAUGAGAAUCAUGGCUGUGUUGAAAGAGAGAGAGAGGUUUGGGGAACAGAAAGAAAAAGGAAUGAAAGCAUCAGUAGUCUACAGCAACUAUGAAAUUAAUAUGUUGUAAAUAUUCCAUGUACUGAUUGUUAAAAAGUUAUGAGAAAUGUUUUAUUUAAAUAUAGAUUUUUGUUCUCAGUUACUAGAAACCUGAACUGCAGAGUUAGUUGUCAUCUGUGGAUGUCAGAACAGUCUUAGAAAGAUGUGAAUGUUAGAGAUUACAGGAUGUGUUACUUUAGAAAAGUUUGCCUUGAAAAGGUCUACUGUCGUUCUUGAAGAACUAAGGUGUGAAAUGAUAGUUUCUGAGAUAUAUAAAAAUUCAGCAGAUCAUUAAUUUUACUAUUAUUCGAAUCCUGUUAUCUCUGAAUACUUCUGUUAAUUAUACCAUUGUUGUCAUGACAGCUGUGUUUUCUUGGAAAGAGUGUAUAAAUAUUUCUG